GCGGGCGGAAGUCGUGGCCGCUGUUUUGAAAUUGGGCCGCCGGGCUCUUACAAGCGGGUGUCGUCGCUGAGGCGCGGGAGCAGCUCGGUUCUGGGCGGACGGAGCCCGUGAUAGAAGACGGCCCUUAAGAGCCUGGCCUUAGGUCUGCUCUCCGGCCUGAGGCUGCAGCCGCAGCAUGUCCACGCCUCCGCUGGCGGCGUCGGGGAUGCCUUCCGGGAUGGCGCCCGGGCCCUUCUCGGGCCCCCAGGCUCAGCAAGCCGCCCGGGAGGUCAACACGGCGUCGCUCUGCCGGAUCGGGCAGGAGACGGUGCAGGACAUCGUGUACCGCACCAUGGAGAUCUUUCAGCUCCUGAGGAAUAUGCAGCUGCCAAAUGGUGUCACUUACCACACUGGAACGUAUCAAGACCGGUUAACAAAGCUCCAGGAUCAUCUUCGCCAACUUUCCAUUCUCUUCAGAAAGCUGAGAUUGGUCUAUGACAAGUGCAAUGAAAACUGCGGAGGGAUGGACCCCAUUCCAGUAGAGCAACUUAUUCCAUAUGUAGAAGAAGAUGGCUCAAAGAAUGAUGACCGGGCCAGCCUGCCCCGUUUUGCUAGUGAAGAGAGGCGAGAAAUCGCUGAAGUCAAUAAAAAUUACAUGAAGUUGUUUCUGUGACACACUUAGCCUAUUUAGAAAAUAUCUCAAAACUAAGAGAAACUCAAACAGAAGAAUCAACAGCUGAAGCAAAUUAUGGAUCAAUUACGAAAUCUCAUCUGGGAUAUAAAUACCAUGUUGGCAAUGAGGAACUAAACUGAUAUUUAAAUUUCCCGCUUUACACAUGCUGUACCUUUUGUUGUUGCAAGUAUUUUUUUCCCCUUUGAAACAAAGUAUUUAUCUGCUUUUAUUCUAGUCACUAGAAUUAAUUUAAGUUACUAUUUUUACAUUGUGGUUUUGCAUUAAAGUAUUCAUUUAAUAGUUUUUUUAAUGCUAUUUCUGAGAAAGACUAUUGUAAUAAACUUUGAUAGGGUUUGUUUGGUUAAUUUUUAUGAAUUGAAUAAUCAUUUUUUAAAAGCAAAAUAAUUUAGUUUUGUAAAUAAAUGCUUAAAUGUGAUCAAUGAGUAUUUUGCUAAUUUCAUUACCCUUUUAGAAGAAAAUUAGAGAUCUGAAUAUUUUUUCAGAUGAAAAUAUCGAAUGCAGUCAAUUUAUGUUACAGAGUAAAUAAAAUUAAAGAUGUAGGUUACCAUUUCAGCUCACUUUUCUAAAAUUUAAUUUGUGUUCUGAACCAGUUACAAUGAGAAAAUAGUUAAUUUGUGCAUUGCUAUAAGGAGAUGAAAAUUACCUCUAUCCUGUUCUUCAGAUGUUUGGUUUCACCUGAAUUGAUCUGUCUCUAAAAGGAGAGAAACAAAUGAUUUGAGGAUGACACGAAUUGAAACCAUGUGCUUAUUUGCUGCCUGCAUCAGGUCAAGAAGCAAUCCCUUCUCUGAUGGCUACUAAUUUCUAGAUACACCCGAAUUAAUGAUCAGUGCAUUUUGGAAGCAGAUUUCAGCUAGAAUUUAGGAGUUUUAAAUGAGAUAUCUUUAUAUGAGAAGUGCUUUUGUAGGCUACUAGUUGGUUUAUAGUGAGCCCUUUAUAGUCCACCUAGAAGAGCUGGUAUCUCAGAUUAUAAAUAACAUAUUCUCAAAUGAGAGAGUCGAAUUCUUCUCAGGAAGGACUUUUCCACCCUGACUCAGUCCCUACCUAUCUCACCCGAGUUCUGGCUCUAUAAAAAAUACUGCUAUAUGACUUCUUUAAUAAAUUAUAACAAAACCCUUUAUAAAAUGCAGUCUAUAAAAUUUAGUUAUGCAAUUUACUCCUCAGCUCUUUUAAUUUUGAGAAUUUUGAAUGUACAUAUACAAAAUGUCUGGUUAUCAUUUAGAACUUUGAUUUUUGGCCCAAGAUUCUGAACCCUCAUAUUUUACCUUUUAAAUCAGCUCUGUUCAAGAGGCAUUUAAGGAGUUCUUGCUGUGUAUAUACCAGGUCAUAUAGCACGUGCUCAGAGUACAGAAGUAAUUAAGACAUGGUCCCAGUUUUCAGAGACUGUACCAUCUAGUAGGGAAAGACAGGCAUGUGAACUUUUAAAAUCUAAUGGUGUAAGUACUAUGGGAGAGGGAUAAUAAGAACUCUGGUUUCUCAUUUUUGCCUGACUGCCUUAAUGAUAUCUCGUCUUCAGGAGCACCGGUGGUGCAGUGGCUAAGUGCUCAGCUAUUAAGGUCAGUGGUUCAAACCCAUUAGCUGCUCCUUAGGAGAAAGAUAUGGCAGUCUGCUUCCAUGAAGAUUAAAAACAAGACCAAACCCGUUCCCUUUGAGUUGAUUCUGAAUCAUAGUGACCCUAUAGGACAGGGUAGAACUGCCCCAUAGAGUUUCCAAGGAGCACCUGGUGGACUUGAACUGCCAACCCUUUGGUUAGCAGCUGUAGCAUUUAACCACUAUGCCACCAUGGUUCCUCCAUGAAGAUUACAACCUUGGAAAUCUGUGGGGCAGUUCUACUCCAUUCUAUAGGGUCACUAUGAGUCCAAAUUAACUCAACAGGAAUGGGUUUGGUUUUUCCAGGGUCUUAAUCUAGAAUCUGCAAUAAGGGCAACUACAUAAUUUUUGUGGUAUAAUUUGGUCAAUAAUGUUACAUCCACAAAAUGGGACAUUAUGUAACCAUUAAAAAGAAAAACAACUCAGCCUGUCCUCAUGAGAUAUUUUCCAAGAUUCACUAGGUGUUAGUUACUAUUUAGGUACAUAAUAACCUAUAAGGUUACAGGAGAAACUGGUAACUUGCUUCCACUGGGGAGGGGAACUGGGUGGCUGAGGGUCAGAUUUAGGAAGGUACUUCUCAUUGUGUACCCUUUGGUACCUUUUGAAUUUUACAGCAUGUGCAAAUAUUGCUUAUUAAAAAAAAGGAAAAUUUAAUUUUAAAUAAUGCAUAUGCCUACUAUAAUACAAAGAUAACCCUGCAACUGAGUCUUAAGAAGGCUUGUUACAGUCUGUCACAGGAUGGUUUCAGUACAGCAAGUUGAUGCAAAUUAUAAAUUAAUACUCAUAUGAUGAUGUAUUGAACCCAGAAACCACAUUUACACUCCUACAUAGUUCCGUUCUCUGCAUGCAUGAAAGGAGAUCAGGGACACAGUUUAAUUUUCUUGGGGCCAUCGUUGCUGGCCUUGCUUACUGCCCUCAUCUAAAGAUGAUGCCAUUGAGUAUCUGCUUUUAGAAAACACCUCCAGGCUUUCCGUAUUUAUUCUGACAUAAUCAAGUGAUUCCCAGGCCAACCUUGACUUCAUGUGGUACAUGUCCAAAUAACUGGCAAAUACACUUCUAGUAAUAGCUUGAUUUUGCUAGUUACUAGUUAGGGCUGCAUAACAUCCUCAAAGUCAUGGAGUUUACGGCGACAUUCGUCUUGCUCAUAGGUCUGCGACUCAGCUGGGGCAGCUCUGCCUCAAACAGGGGUUCAUCUUGAGGUCUGAUCAACUCGCCUGCCCAGGUAUGCACUUUACCCUGUGCUCUUCUUAAGCAGUGUUUGCGUUCGACUGAAAUGAUCCCCUAUUCUUACGGCAGGUGGUGGAAGCCCAAGUCACGCCAAACCAUGCAGGCGUCUUCACACCCUCUAGCUUUCCCUUGGUCAGAGCAUUUCUCCUAAGCAAGCACAACAUUAACUGGAUGACAGAGGGCACUCUGCCCCUAGUAGGAAGCUACUACAGGGAGAAGAUUUGGGACCAAUAAUCCAGCCUACAUAGUAUUCCGUGGUAUCUAAAUAUAAUUUAGCCUAUUGCCUAUUGAAUGCAGGGCUUUUACAGUUUUUCAUGGCGGUUUGCUGGUUACCGUUGUAAGUUUAGCCUUUUGGUACUGACAACUAAAAGUCAUUAAAAAACAAAACAAAACAAAACUCAUUUAUGUUUUAAUGAUCAGAUUUAACUCUUAGAUCAGUUAAAGUGCUGCAACACUAAAUUCUUGAAGGGGGUGGAAGUUGCAUCCUUUGGGCUCUGGUUCUAUAGGGAAUAUCUCUACUGUGGAACAAUAGUCAGUGCAGCCACACUCAGCUGCAAAGCUACGGCCUCAAACUGGGUGUGUGUUCUCAACCCUCAGAAUGGAUGCCGGUUUUCCCAGUCACUCACAAAUCUACUCAGGAUCAAUUAUGAAUGUGUUUGGAGUUAUUGAACACAUAGACCCCACUAACAAAGUUUCAGCUCACUCUUGAGGGAAAACAUGCCAAUAGAGUAAGGAAAGAUGAAUUCAGCCAUAACAAGUGCCCUUGAUGAAAUUAAAUCUCCGUAUUCUGCAAAAUGAUGGGUGGGAUUCAAAAACCCAUUGCAGUCCAGUCAAUUCCAACUAAUAGUGACCCUAUAGGACAGAGUAGAACUGCCCCAUAGGGUUUCCAAAGCUGUAAAUCUUUAGAGAAGCAGACUGCCACAUCUUUAUUCCACGGAGCAGCUGGUGGGUUCAAACCGCCAAACUUCCGGUUAGCAGCCGAGCACUUUAACCACUGCACCACCAGGGCUCCUGGGUGGGAUUAGUUGAUCUCAUUCUAUAUUAAGAUUUUGGUUGCACAUGAUGGAAACUCAAUUCAAAAAGGCUAAAGCCAAAAAAGGAAUUUAUUCCUGAAAUGAGGAAGGAUGCUAGAGAAGACCUCACAGAAUCCAAACCUGCUGGAAUCACGACUUAGAACCGAGAUUCAAUGUCCACAGGAUUCUCUAUGCCCACACCUAAUUUCUACUUAUCUCUGCUUGGCUUCAUUCUCACUGCAGACAGGCCUUGUCCAAAUGAUGGGACAGACAGCCUUUGGUUCUGUACCCCAACCUCAAAGGCUGGGCUGCUUCUCCAACUCUAAAUUGAGAAAUCCUAGAAUGGACUCUGAUUAGCACAGUUUGGAUCAUAUAACCAAACUUUGGACCAAUUGUUGUGUCCAGGGAAAUGGGUAGUAUGAUUAGCCUGACCUGGGUUAUAAACCUAUCCUUGUGGCCAGGAAGUAAGGGUGGGAGUCAUGGAAAAGUGCUAUUGAGCAGGGAAUAAAUACUCCUAGAAAAAAAGGGAUGGGAAAAUUUGUGAAAAACACAAAACUGGCAACCAUAAACCACUGAUGUUCUCCCUUAGAUAUAAUAUAUAACAUCAGAUAUUCAGUCUUUAAAAGACCAGAACAGAAAGUUUACAGAACACCAAAUGCACCAUAGACUAUCAUGGGAAAAUUACCAGUUUUAAUUUGAUUGAUUCUGAUUUCUGUGAACAUUCCUGUUGACGUUUUUCUUUGUAGCUGUUUCUUUGCAGCUGUUUCAGUUAUUGCAAUGUAAUCAUGUCAGGUCUUAGUUAGCCUGGGUUAAAGCACAGAUUGGAAAGAGUUACGAAAAACCAAAACCAAAGCUCCAGCGUCCUGGUAAUGACAUUAUCUUUAAAAUGAUUUGGAAACCUAAGGCCCUGAUCCAUCAGACAUUAGAUUUAGAUCCCUUGGCACCACUACAGGCCAAAAUGUGUUAACUUGACAUUUUGAUGUAGUUCCAGCUUGGGUAUUUCAUUUUCUUUCCCUAAAUUCCCACUGAAGCUUAAGCAAGAUAGAGGAGUUUUUGGGCUUAAACUAAAAAGGUGCCUGUCCUAAGGCUUAAAGAGUUUGUUAUCUGGAGUGUUCUUAAAUUUGUUGAACAUCACUGGAUGCCUUAUUUAUUUAUUUAUUUUUUCCUAUUCCUUUAAAACAUCAGUGGG